CACAAAAGUGCUUCCGCUUAGAAGUCUUGCAAAAAUAAGGUUUUGCUUGGAAGUACUUUGGUUUUAGUUUCCUAAAAACAGAAAAGCAGAAUGGAUUCUGAAGAAAGUCCAGAAAAAAAACCCUUUGUUUCGAGACAACACCUCAGUUCCCAAAGGAUUCUUAAGAGCCUGACGCUUCUGACUCAGAGGUUUGUUAGGCUACUACAGGAGGCCGAGCACGGGGAGCUGGACCUUAGUCACGCAUUCAAGGUUCUGGCUGUGAAACAUAUCAGAAGAAUCUACGAUAUCACAAACGUGCUGGAGGGCAUCGGCCUUAUUGUCAAAAUAUCCAAGCGCCAUGUGAAAUGGGUAGGGACGCCUCUUGACAACAGAUUCAUGAACCUGAACUCUGAGCUGGAGGACUUGAAGUGGAAGGAAUCUAUAUUGGACCAGCAGAGGAUGUUGGUUCAAGACGUCAUCAGGAGCCAAACAGAAGAAUGGAAAAAUCUGACCUAUGUGACCAAUGAAGAUAUCUGCAACUGCUUCAGUGGUCACAUUAUUUUGGCAGUGCAAGCACCACCAGGCACCCAGCUAGAUGUUCCCAUUCCCAAAGCUGUCCCAAACUGUCCGGCAAAGUAUCAGAUCUAUCUGAAAAGCAUCAGAGGGCCUAUAGAUGUUGUCCUUCUUAACAAGAGAACUGUCAGCUCGGCUCUCGUUGUACUUCCAGUCCCACCGCCUGAAGAAAUUUUGCAGUUUGCCAAGUCAGCAAUAUCUGCAUCAGAAAAUAAAGAAAACAAUGAUGGACUCUGUGAGGCAUCAGCUUUUAUCGCAAAAAGCGCUAAAUCUGAAUGGGGAGCUGAGCAGGACGUGCAGCAACUUCAAGAAACCUCUUUUAUAAACUCCAGCCCCAACAAAAUAGAAGCGUCUGCAUUUACGGAUGCAGAUCUGUUCACCCAGUUCAUUCGCUCGAAAGUGCUCCCUCCAAUCGUCCAGCUGUCUACAUCCCCAUCUAAGGCGUAAAGGUCACUGUAAUCAGGAUGAGUUACCUGGUUGAUAUCCUGUUUUUUGGCAUCAAUGCUUACAUUUCUUCAUGAGCAAUGUUUUAUGAUGUAUAUUUGGUUUAAGUAUAUUUUUGUCAACAAAUAAAGUUUGAAUUAUAA